UACAUUGCACAUCACAUGUGGUUAGAGGUUAGUACUUUUGGAAACCAAAGCCGGUUGUUUUCCUUCCAUUUUGCUGUUUUUGUUGUCGAAGUGCAGCAGAGCGAUGAAGUUCAGAACAAAAAUUGACGCCGGAGGAGCUCCUCGGCUUUUAUAUUAAUAGUGUAAUAAGACACCCCCGGUUUUAAUGAAGUUCAGAGAAUGACCUUUUAAAAUACAGAUCCUUGUGCCUAAUGUAGUUCCAUCAUAUGUCCGAUAGCAGGAGGCCCUGACACGAUGAACAACAAGUUCUUUCCCAUCGUAGACGUUCGCGAUGUUACCGACGCAUUGCUCCUGUUGUACAACAAGGCAGGGCCAUCUGAGAGAUACAUAUGCUCACUGGACCAAAUGGACCUAAAGGAUUUGCUGGCAAUCAUGAAGAACAUGUACCCUAGCUACACUUAUGCAGACAAGAUGGUUGAUGUGGACUUUAACGUCGGAGUCACUUCGGACAAGCUGAAGAAUUUAGGGUGGAAACCAAGGAAGAUGGAGGAGACACUCGUGGAUUGUAUCGAGUCCUACGAAAAAGCAGGGCUUCUUGGGGUUACAGACGACGAACCAUGUCGGCUUCCAUUCAUCUACCGAAUGCCGCCUAUCCAGGAAUGAGAAUGAUCCCAUAAUUGUGCCAUUGAUUCUGCAUUUGGCCUGAAACAUCAUGAAAUGUGUUUUGCAAAAAUAAGCACGGGUUAGGUCUCUA